AUGCAGUUUUCUGUCGACGAUUUAUUGUCGUUGCUGAAGUUGACGAAUGAGUUUAGCUUGAUGUCGGAUUAUUUAUUGGAAACUAAAUUCUUAGUACGAAACUUUUCCAUAGAAAUCAAUCAGGAUUCGUUAGAAAGUUUAAGUUGCUUGCUUAGUCACGCAAGGCCAAUGCUUAUCAUUUUUCUAAGUAAAUUACAUAUGAAACAUCAAGACGAACAUGCAGCAUGA